CGCAGUGUAAAACAGCCGCGUGUGGAUGUUUUUAGCUGAAAAAACGUGUGCUCACAUUCACCGGCUACAAGAAGCUACAUCUGCUUGUAAUUUUUGGGUACUGCAACACGAACCAUGGCAAAGACAGACGCUAAAGAACGCAAAAGACGAAGCAAAGCUGUCACAGAUGAAGUUGUAGAAGAAGAGGACAGCGCUAAAACUGAAGGACAGACAGAGACUCUGUCUCCAAGACAAGAACAAGUCGGGACAGAAGAGGAUGCUCCCAAGGAGGACCAAGAUGAAGAUGAUUCUCAGAUGGACACUGUCAUCGAAGUUAAAGGAAAUGUGUCAACUGUGACUGUAUCCUGGGACCAGAAGACAGCAAAGAAGACCAACGGAAGUGAUCAGAUGAUGGAUAGUGCUGAUGCAGUUGGCUCCACAGAGGACGAUCCCAAUGAGAGUGCAGAGACAGAGAUGAGGCAAGAGAUCCAGGAAUCUGGAGAAUCUCAGAUGGACGUUGUCACUGAAAGUACAGACAGAGUAACUGAAAGCCUGGAAAAGGAGAAUGAGGAGGGAGAGAACAAUGAUGUUGAAAAGGAAACCAGUGGAGGUGAAGAGAUGAUUGUUGAAAAGAAAGCAGUUGCAGCAAAAAGGAAACUGAAGGCACGCUCUACUGCUGAGACCUCCGCAUCGAAGAAAACUAAGGUCAUCAGUGAAGUUGCAGUAAAAGGGAAACAGAAGAAACACUCGACUGCUGAGACCUCCCCAUCCAAGAAAACCAAGCCCGUCAGUAAAGUUGCAGUAAAAGGGAAACAGAAGCAACAUGCUGCUGUUGAGACCCCCCAACCAGAGAAAAAGAAAUGUAUCAAUACAGGUUUUUGUCUUUAUGUUGGCAACUUGGAUAAAUCCAAAAAACGUGCAGAAGUUGAAGAUUCGUUAGCAAAGUACCUCAUGACACAAAGUGUCCUGGUCAAUGGCAUCAGAGUAGAUCAGUCCAGAAAAUUUGCAUAUGUAGAUUUGGCCUCAGAGAUGGACUUGACCAAAGUCUUGAAGUGUAAUGGAGAAAUGCUGGAUGGCAAUCCAAUGGAGAUCGCCAGAGCAAGGGCCGUAACUAAGGAGACUGUGAAAGCUUCAGUUGAGGACCAAAAGGAAGCCAAAGAUGGAAAAUGUUUGUUUGUGAAGAACAUCCCGUACUUGGCAACAAAAGACGACAUUCUCAAUAUCUUCCGCACGGCCGUCAACGUGAGGUUCCUUGGUGGAACUGAGAGGCCAGAGAAAGGCGUUGCCUUUGUGGAGUUUCAGAAUAAAACUAUUGCUAGGAAACUAUGGCAGCGAAAACAAGGAGUCCAGCUCCAAGGCAGAAUUUUGAGUGUGGACCGUAUUGGAGCAACAUUCACUAAAGCUGCAGCUCCUCCAAAUAAAUCCUUAUUUGUGCAUAAUUUGCCUCCUGAUGUGAAAAAGAAAACUCUCAAUAAACUCUUUCAGAAUGCUACAAAUAUCAGCUUACCUAAGCAUGAGGGCAAGGCAAGGGGGUUUGCAUUUGUCAUGUUUGCAAAUUUGGCAGAGGCUAGAAAGGCCUUGGAGUCGACCCAAAACGUAAAGAUUGGCAAAAAGCUGAUCAGAGUACAGUUUGCUGCAAUGAAAGCAAAAGCAGAGACAGAAAAAGUCAAGACAACACUGAUUGUGAUGGGCCUUUCUGAGAAGACAACCGCAGAGACUCUUAAAAGUGUUUUUGAAGGCGCUGUGAGUGCAAGAAUCAGUGUAGAUAGAGACACAGGACUUUCAAAAAGGUACGGUUUUGUGGACUUUGAUAGUGAAGACGCUUGCAAAGCUGUCAAAGAAGCCAUGGAGGACUGUGAGAUAGACGGCAGCAAAGUGACUGUGACUUACGCAAAAAUGCCUGGCGCAAACCGUACAAGACGCCCCAACAAGCCACGUCGUGGACCGAUCUUAGGUCUGGCGGGAGACAAAGGUGGGCGGAAAAGCAGAGGCAAAAGUGGACACGGCAGAGGAGAUAGAGGACUUGCAGCUCGCAUGCCAAAGAAAGCUGUUAAAAUGCUGGGAAAUAACAAGUCCUCCACCCCGGAAUGUCCUCCGUUCAUUCCUCUGUAAAUGAACCACAGGAGUGUUUCCUAAAUGAUCACAGCUACCAGUGGAUGACAGAGUAGCUCGUGUGACAGUUAAUGGUUGCAGUUUAAAACCUGUGGGUGACGUGAUGAAGCGGUCGCAGUUGCACCAAAGCUGCCUGGUUAGGUUUCGAGGAAACAUUGUGGCUUGCCUUAAAAUAAGUUUGUGACAUAUAUUGAAUGACAUACAUUUACUGUUGUUAAAAUAACCCUAUGUUGACUUUUGGUUUCACACGGGACAUGAAGACCAGUGUCCUGGAUGAAAGUCAAGUGCUUGUUGGACUCAUCACGGGGAUGAAAAUGAUGUAAUUGUAUGGCUCCUGUAGACUUCAUCGGACCUAAUGGAUCAAAUUGUGAUAGUGAAACGAGUCAUUUUGGUGGCGUUGUGACGCUCAGAAAACUGUUUCUUAUUUUCAGAUGUCUCUUCCCCCAUGUUAGUCUAUGGGAAAAAAUCUUUUUAGGCCCGAUGGCCCUGAAAUCAUAGUUACACCGUUUGCCCACUAUGUCAAAUUAGCUUCAAGGUCCUGUGCAUUUCCUGGUGGUCCCCCAAGAAGUUUUUGUUUUGUUUUUUUUUAACUUGUCACACCCACAACCCUUGCAAAUUUGAACCGUUACACUAGCAGGAUUUGAUCCAUUCUGUGUAUGUUGUUUACCCCAGAGGUCAGAGUAAUUUAAAUUGAACUUUUUGCCUUCAUGUGGCACUAAGGUACUUUCAUAGAAAUGAACAGAGCUUCUCCUCUAACACUAUGUCCAAUGCUUCAUCUGCUGACCUCCUCCUUUGCUCAUGUAUUAAUUAUAAUGGCCACUAGAGGUAGCCGCCUAACAAACAGUUAAAUAGGGAUAAUAGUUUAUGCUUGUGAAAAUCAUGGAUGUAUAAAGAGAACUGGAUACAACGUUGGUGAUAGGGUCCAGUUCAUUCCUGUGAAAGUCACUCAGUGGCACAUUGGUUCUGCAAUCUGCUGACUGAGCCAGCGACCUCCAGUUUACUGCUCCAUUAGUGUGAUUGGGGAUAAGAUAAUUCAAUUGUGUGGCUCUGUAUCCACUAAUGUAAACUAAAUUAGUAUCCACUAACUCACAGACAUCUCUUUCCCCAUGUAAGUCAAAGGGAAAAAGUCUUUUUGGGCCACAUGGCAACACGUGACGGACCCAGAAGUUGUCAUUCCACUGUUUGGCCACUAUGAAAAUUGGCUCCUAGGCGCCCAGUAGCUCAGUGGGUAGAGCGGGCACCCCAUGCACCAAGGCAGCGUCCUUGCUGCAGCAGCUUUGGGUUUAAUUCCAGUAUGCAGUCCUUGCUGCAUGUCAUCCCCCCUCUCUCUCUCUCUCCUUCAUGCCUCAAACUGUUCUGUCCUUAAAGGCAAAAAAAAAAGCCCCAAAAAUAAUCUUUAACAACAUAAUAGAAAAAGAAAAAUGGCUUCAAACCCCUGAAUACAUCCCGGUGGCCUGGUGAAGUCUCACUUGGUGUGUGCAAGUGUGUGAAAUGUGUACAGUGCUGUUAGUCCUACCUGAUUGUAGGACAGGAGACACCUUGUAAUUUAAUCUGUUCUAUUUUGUACUUUAAAUCAAUAAUUUCAUGAUUGUUAUUAAAACACACGAAAGAACACUGACUUGUUGGUUAGAUUUAUUCCUGAUAUGAAAAUAAAAAUACCUUAAAACCACA